AAGCUUACCCAAGAGCCAUUUAGCAAACGUCAGACGGGUCGGGAGGCCCCUAUAAAACCACCAGGCAUCCAUGGAGAACAUCUCAGUCCAUUCAGGGUCUUUUCCACUGACUGUACAGUACUUCCUCAGUGACCCCCUCUUCUCAAAGCACUCAUAAGUAGCACCAUGUGUGACACAGCGGAGUUUGUUGAGGAGUACGAGGAAGAACAGGAGGUGAACGAAGAGGAAGAGGCUGAAGAGGAGGUUGAAGAGGAGGUUGAAGAAGAGGUUGAAGAAGAGGUUGAGGAGGAAGAAGAAGAAAUAGAGGAGAAAGAUGAAGAGAAAGAAGAAGAUGCACAAGAGGUAGAGGAAGACUCCAAACCCAAGCCCAAGCUGUUUGUUCCCAACAUUAUACCACCAAAAAUGCCUGAUGGAGAGAAAGUGGACUUUGAUGACCUCCACAGGAAGCGUCUGGAGAAAGACUUCAAUGAAUUGCAGAGUCUCAUUCAGCUGCACUUCUCCACCAGGCAGAAGGAAGAGGACGAGCUUGUGUCUUUGAAGAACCGCAUCGAGCACCGUCGGGCCGAUCGUGCAGAGCAGCAACGGAUCAGAGCAGAGCGUGAUCGCGAGAGGCAGGCACGCCUUGCUGUGGAAAGAACACGGCGGGAAGAGGAGUCUGCCAAACUGCGUGCCGAGGAUGAUGCCAGGAAAAAGAAGAUCCUUUCUAAUAAGGGCUAUGGUGGCUACCUGCAGAAGGUGGAUCAGAAGAAGGGCAAGAGAUUGACAGAACGUGAGAAGAAGACCAAAUGUCUGAUGGAGCGUCGCAAGCCGCUCAACAUCGAUCAUCUCAACCAGGAGAAGCUGGGAGAGAAAGCCCUUGACCUUUGGAAGUGGCUCACUCAACUCCACGCUGAGAAGUUUGAUCUGGCAGAGAAGCUAAAGAGGCAGAAGUACGACAUCAACGUUCUACGGAACCGUGUUAGUGACCAUCAAAGAGGAGCUAAGACAACCAAGAACACCAGGAAGUCCUGGAAAUAAAUGAACUGGACUGACGCAUUGCAAUGACACACAAAACAGAACCAAAAAAGUUUGUUGGAAUCAGAAUCGCAAGUCCUGCAUUUAAUUUUUUUGAUUAAUCUAGAAUUACACUUAAUUCAUUUAGCAUUGUAUCAUACAUAUAAUGGGAUUUAUAGUGUUUAUG